AUGCGAAUCACGCACCAUUCCACGGUCCUCUGGGAGGCAUCUGUUUAUUGCUGUAAUAUCCUAUCAAUCGAGGGGGUGUUGGGAAACUUCGUGAUGUUGACACCCCUAGUCGCAUUCUUUCAAGGCCAAAGAGACGAGGCAACAAGCAAUUUUUUCAAUUCCAUGAUUUCUUGGCAUAGGCACAUUCAUCGAGGGGCCAACCUCAAUCAAAAGCAGGCCUUUAAUCGUCGCUUCUUUGACCUAAAUAUCCUCGCAAAUUUGGCAUUAGCAUGGCCGCUGUGUCUUUCUCAAAACACUGCAAACACACGCAUUGGACCCAACGAGUACAGAGAACACAACGUAAGAGAAAUCUAG